UAUUACUACGAAGUAUGCAAGUUUCAUUGUGUUUUUAUGAAAAAAAAUUAUGAUUUUACUUUUUUUUGGGCCUAUUUUAAAUAAUAGAACAGGGCCCCCUUUUUGCUUGGGCCGGGCCUAUAUUUCACCCUAUUUUAUGGGACCCGAUAAUAUGUAAUAAUUCUCUAACUCUCUAUAUUUCUCCUUCUUAAAGCAAAAGUACAUACUUGGCUACUUGUGUGAUCUACCACUUGAGUGUUCCAUGAUUUUUGUUGCCACAGUAAUUGAGUAGCUGGAAAAAGGAGGUAGCAGCAUCACAAUCUCCGUGCACCAAAUUCGCUCGUUUUAUAGGCUCUACUACUCUUUUGCUAGUGAUGCAAAUCCUACCACUGGAGUAUAAAGGUUCAAACUUCUAUUACUAUUCAUGUAAUAGUGAAGUGCAUAAUACGACCCUUUUAGAGAGAGGGGGUUCUCCCUUCUCUCUAAAACAGUAAAACCCUAGCCCCCAAAAUUAGAUCUCAAUUAAGCAAAGUUCUUUGUCAACUUCAUGGUUAUUCAACUUCUUCUACAUGAAUUUUAUCAUGAAUCUUCUGUGAUAUUCGCCUUCUUCGUCCUCAAAAUCCGAAAAUUCUUGAUUUUGCUCAAUCCAAGCGGUGUUGUUUCGUGGCCGCCGCCGAUACCGUUGCAUGCACCAACCGUCGCCGUCACCCGUCCUUCGUCGUGACCCGUCAGUCGCCGUCACUGGCGGAUGCCUCAUCCCCGACCGAUCUCUCUUCAUUGGUGCUCUGCCGUGAAAUAGAUCUUUGACCCAUUUGGUGGUUCAUAACCGCCACUGUUGCCCCGUCUCCGACGGGUUGUCCCGUUGAUCCGUUUGGCUGUUGCGGUCGUUUUUCUUUGAAGGCCGUUGUCAGAUUGCACCUGCUCCUUCUUUGUUUAGCUUCCUUGAGAAGCUUUGUUUAGUUACUUUAUUUUUCUUUUUAGUUCUGUUAUUUUUUUUAGUUUAGUUUGGUUAAUUAUAUUUUCAUGUAUUUAGUUCUUAUCUAUUAGCUUUUCCCUGAGAUAGGGUGGCUUUUAGGUUCUUUGGUCUUUUCCCAGUGAUAGGGAGACCUUAGGAAACGUGUACCUUUUCUCAUUUAAAAAAAAAAUGUAAUAGUGAAAGGACUGAAAUACCCUUAACUUUAGCCUAUUUUUUAUUUUUGUAAAUUCUUAAUAAAAGUGCAUGGACCAUCUUUCCGUGAGUCAUUCCACUUCCACGAAUCUCCAUUGCUUUAUCUGAGAAAAAUCUUCCCCGUUCAUUUGAGCCCUGCUCCAUCGCUCCCCUUCCAUCGUGUCUUCACUUUCCUCUCCUUCCAUCGAGCCUUGCUCUACAUUUUCUCUCUCCUCUAAGAAACUUCAUAUCUGUCUCUUUUGUUGAUUAUUAUAGCACCUACAAAUCCUUAUACUUAGGUUUUUUUUUAUCCAACUUCUCUCUUUAUUUCUUUGCUUUAGAUUUUUUUUUAUUUUCAUGAUAAUUUUAUUUUGUGUUCCAUCUUCUUUGAUUUUUUGUUGGAUUUAAUUAUUGUUCCGUCUUUUUUUGUGUGCGUGUUGGAUUCAGUGGCGGAGCUAGGUAGGUGCAUGGGGUCCACCGACCCCCCAAAAAAAACUAAAAAAAAACUUAUAGCUGAGAUCUAGAGACCUGGUAUUAAAAAGAACCGAUCUCUUUUGGGGGAUUAUCUUAAGAGAACAGUCUUUAGAAACAACUGGCCUGUUAGAGUUUUGAUUCUUUUCAGUUUUCACCACACAUAUGAAAACCGUAGAGAAUAAUUGUAAUAAUUUUGUACGAUUGUAAUAUGAAUAUUGAUUAAUUUAAGGACGAUACAUUUUUUUUAGUAAUAUAUUGUGUGUUGUGGAGGAUCACCCGACACAAUACUCUAAAAAUUCUGGGAACGUCACUGCCGACACCCAAAAAAAAAUUCCUCACUGGUUGGAUUUAAUUAGUGUUAGGAGAAGGAGAGAGUUUGUAAUUAAUGGGUUCAAGGGAAGUGUAGCUUUGGUGAUAAUUGCAAUUCUUGCGUUCUUGGUCUAUUGGCGGUUCCUUUUCCCUCUUGACCACUCUUGAGGUUCAUCAGAAGUACAAGAGCCAAUGAAAAACCCCGGAACCCCGAGAAGCGACUCACUGAAAUAAGUUUGUUUCUCCCCCGAUUCACCAUAAUGAGAGAGUUGAUUCUCAAGGUUGUAAUUGAGCAGUAAUACAAUAUGAGGUAAUGCAAUUUAUGUUGCAGGGAAUUAAGGAGCUUAUGCUCUCCUUAGAUUUGGAAGAUUACAAAGCAGAAAUAUUAACGGCUGAUACACAAGCUUUUCAUACGAAUGGGGUGAUCGUCUUAGUCACAAGACGUUUGAAGAUGAUAUCUAUGGUGGACAUUUAAAGAGUUGCUCCUUGUAGUUUAAUCUCCUCAUGCAGUUUUGAAGAUGAUAGGGCUUGCAUUUUGCAAACUGGUGAAACUUUAAGAUUGAUGGUGUGAAUUUGGUCAAGGUGUUGGGCGUUCUGUUUUCCUUGACAGUGGUGUUGAUGUAUAUAAAUAGGAGAAAAUUUGUUGUUUAUCAGUUGUUUUAGGUCUAGGUUCUUAAACAGAACUCUGCAGUUUUACUAUUGCAAAUGGUGACAUCACUGACAUGACAAUUUGUGAUGCCAGGAUAUACUCAUUGUUCUAUCUGCUGUUAACUAUUAGUUCCCCCCUGUAAUUUGUUACAGUAACUUAUCUGACCUGUAUAAAAAUUCUGUUUAGGUUCAUGUUUUCCCUUCCAGGCUGGACUGGGAGGCAUGAUUAAAAGUUGCUUUGGAUGCUACAAAAAGGUUGAAAUAUCUCCACAAACAUGUGAACCCUCUUGUGAUUCACAGAGCUUUUAAGAGCAUCAUCAUUAUUCAAUUCUGAUAAGAACUUUGAUGCCAAGGUUUCUGAUUUUGGUUUAGCUAAGCUUGGACCUGAGGAAAGCAUGUGAACAUGUGUCCACCCGAGUCCUGUGCACGGUGCACCCAGGGUUAUGUUGCCCACAACUAUGACGUUGUCCUCUUGGAGUUGCAUACAGGCAGGGUACCAGUUGACACAAAGAGACCUCAAGGUGAAGGUCUUCUUUUGUCUUGGGAACGUGAUCCAAUUGAGAGAGUUAGAAAGCUGCUAUUGGCCCAGGAUAUUUCUGUAGAAAAGGACCUGAAGCUAAUUUUGGCUUGUAGAUAUUGGAAAGGAGGUCAGGAAUUGAAAGAUGCAGAUGAAGCUAUUGCAAAGGCCAAGAUAAUUUGUGAUUCCACGAGAGUCCCUGAUAAUCCUGAUCGUUUUACAAAUAUCUACAUGAAAGGUUACGGGUAUAGUUGAUUUGGCACUAUAAGUGCAAGUCCCAAGAGAAGAAGAAAUGGGUUUGGUUGGUUUUUUCAGUUUACCAAAAUCUUAGGCUUUAAGAUAAGAGUGCAUGCUUAGAAUGGUUUCACAAUGUAAUUUAAACAAGUGAAAAUUUCAUUAUUAGUUGUGUUCCAAAAAUUGAGUUGUGAGUUCAUGUGGUGAUAAACACGAGAUUUAGACCUGGGAAAUAAGUGUCAUGGUCAAAUUAGUAUUGAAGUAUUGUAGACCUUUAAAAACCAUUACUUGAUUCAUCAGUGCCUAGUGAACACCCUUUUAACAAGCUGUGAACUUUGAAUAUAUAUAUAUAUAUAUAUGGUCAUGAUCGAGAAUUAUUUAUUAUUUAAUAUUGUCUAUUUGAUUGGAAAAAGAGGCUUUGUUAUUCAAAUGAAUAUAUAAUCAUAACACCUAUAACUGAGUUUUGUGGGAUUGGCAAUUCCACACUUGUUUAUCGUAAUAAAAUGGUAAUUUCUUUGGGGGAUAUUAGGCUUGAAAAGGAGCUGAGAGACUCUUGUCUCAGUUGGAGGAUGACAAUUGUUUGUUUCUGAAAUUCCUUUUUUCCCAUUCCUCCUAUCUCUUUUGUGUGAGGGUGGGUGAUGAACUGAAGAUUGGUGGUGCCAUAUGCAUUGUAUGUGGAACAAGGAAGUGAAAAGAAAUAUAUCAAUUACUCUGAUUUUUGGAAGCAUUACAUAGGUCCCAUUGAGCGUAAUUAGAAGCAUCAUCUUUGUUAGAGAGCACAAGUGGGUCUUCUUCUUUAUUUUAUAACACAAUUUGAAUGUUAGGCAUCUCUUUAUUUUUAGAUAAUGUGAAGAGGUGGGCCUGAAGAAUGAUUGCUAUUCGUUCAUAUAUGGCAUUUUCAUUCUCAAAUGUAUCUUUGUUUGUAACUUAUAAUAUUAGUUUUACUAAUCACACUAUCUGUAGCAUCUAUAGCACCACUAUUAUGAAAAUAUCAUUUUUUUUUGUCUUACGGAGCAUUUUAUCACUCAUGUAUUUUCUU